CCCUUUUAUUAUUUGAAUGUUUCAAAUUAGAUCUGGAGAAUUCUUGCGACUUUUGUGGUGUUACAAAAGAAUCUGUGAGAUAUCUUUUCUUUGAUUGUAUAUAUUCAAAAAUGUUUUGGUUUGACGUCUCUAAUUUUUGUUCUAGAUUAUUUACAACUUUAAUUCAACUUUAACUUUAUGAUGUCAUCUUUAUUUUUGUACAAGGCACCAUUGAUUCUAAAAGUACAAUCUUUUUUGGUACAACUUUUUAUUUUACUUGGUAAAUAUUACAUUCAUGUGAAAAAAUGGGCUAAUGUUAAGACAAAUUUUGAACAAUUUGUAAGAGAAAUUAAACAAUAUGGACAAACUUUAAGCAAUAUAAAAAACAAAAAAGACUUACGAAGCACUAUAACUUUAAUUUAUGUACUUAAUUUUUUACCCCUGACAUAAAUUGUUAUUCUUUUCCAAUUAUACGCCAAGUUAUAUUUUAUGUAAUUGUUAUUUUAUUUUAUUUUUGUUGUUGUUAUGAGUUGUGUAUGUUUGUACAACUUUUGUACUCGUUUGUACAAUGAGUUUGUACAAAUGUCUGUUUUUUACACAUUUUGUACUAUAAUAAAUAAAUAAACGGUUUAUUAACUGUCUUCAAUACAGGAUGUUUAGACCAAUUAAAUAUAAAUUACAAAGACGUGAAGUUUGUUUUUUGUUAUUAUCAUGAUGCCGCACAUUUUGGGACGUUAUUUUGUGACCGCGCACCUACCCCAAAUGGAGAAAGCGCAUUUCUAAUAUAAGGUGCUAUUAAAUUUGCGUUAAAACAAGUGUUUGUUCUCUUUAGCUGGUGAGAAACAUAGCUGAAAUGCUAACUUGCCUUUACAGCACCUAAAGUUUCCACCCCUAAAAACACACAGGCUGAACUUCACAGCUGUCUCCACCUAGUGGUUUUACUGAACAAAACACAAAGUUCAUGACCACUUCACUGUCCCGAAUCGAGUGUUGAUCAGAUUUCACAACGCUACUUAUUUUGGACGGUUAAUUUUUAAUAAAAACGACGUUGACGUGAAAUGGCAGAGGCUAUACUCGGAGAACAGGAUCGAUACAGCUGCGCGAUAUGUUUGGAUCUGUUGAAGGACCCCGUGACUAUUCCCUGUGGACAUAGUUACUGUAUGAGAUGUAUCGAUAAGUGCUGGAACACGGAAGAUCCCAGAAGGGCCUAUAGCUGUCCCCAAUGCAGGCAUAUCUUCAAUUCGAAACCUUCUCUCAACAGAAGUACAGUACUUGCUGAAAUAAUGGAGAGAGUAAGAGAUACAACACCACAGGUGUCAGAGUCUGCUCAAAGUCUUGCUGGUCCUGGAGAUAUUGCUUGUGAUUUUUGCCAGGAAAGAAAGUUCAAAGCUGUCAAAUCUUGUCUGGAGUGUCUGUGCUCUUACUGUGAAAACCAUUUACACCCUCACUAUAAUGUUCCUGCCCUGAAGAAACACAAGCUGGUUAAAGCUACCAUUAUGGCAACCUGCUCCAAACAUGAUAAGCUCUUAGAGGUUUACUGUCGUACAGACCAAAAAUGUGUCUGCACCCACUGCUUAUUGGACGACCACAAAGGCCACGACACAGUGCCAUCCACAGUGGAACGAAAUGAAAAAAAGAAAAAACUCAAAGACAAUCAGAAAAAAGUCAAGCAAACAAUCCAGACAAAAGAGAAAGAGCUGCAUAAGAUGACAACCAACAUCACGUCCCAUUCAAAUUCUGCAGAGAAGGCGGUGGAGGACAGUAAGAGAAUCUUCACUGAAUUAGUUCGCUUUGUUGAGAUGAGAAGCGCAAAGAUUAUUGAAAAGAUUGAAGCUUAUCAAAAGGCUGAUCUGGAUCAAGGCGCGGACCUUCAAGAGAAGCUGCUGUUGGAAAUCACUGAACUGCAGAGGAGGGAUGGAGUUCAAGAGAGACUUUUACAAACUGACGACAACAUCCACUUUCUUCAGAAUUUUGAGUCUGUGUCUUCUGAGUCUGACCAUUUCCCCAGGCUCUCUUUUAAGCCAUGCUGCUCUUAUACGGAUGUCAGCAAGCUCACCAGUGAACUUAAACAGCGACUGGAGACGGUUUUCGAUGAGGAAAUAAGCAAAACAUUAAAUAAAGUUUCAGAUCUGGCCACAAAGACCACUCCAGUCAGUCUCAUCAAGAUUGGAGACAAAAUCCGAGUAAAACCUUCUGUUCACACCCCAAAACACGACUGGGGAAAUGUCACACUUAAGAGUGUGGGCGUGGUACAAGCUAUCAAAGAUGAUGGAAUUUUGGUUGUCGACUUCCCUGGACAUGCGAACUGGAAAGGAAUUCUUUCAGAAAUGGAGCUAAUAACUGUUGAUAAUGAGUUUGAUCAUUCCAGAUUUAAAAUUGGAUCAAGUGUACGUGUGAAAGCCUCAGUUGACACUCCAGAGUAUGGAUGGGGAGAUGUUACCAAAAAUGGCAUUGGAAUUCUAAAAGCUGUAAAUGGUGAUGAGUUGACUGUGGAUUUUCCUGAACAUUCGGGCUGGACUGGCAUGAUUUCUGAGAUGGAGCUAGAACCUACUGAUGAUACAGAUAAUUCUAGGUUUAAAACUGGAUCAAGAGUACAUGUGAAAGCCUCAGUAGACACUCCAGAAUAUGGAUGGGGAGAUGUUACCAAGAAUAGCGUCGGAAUUGUGAAAUCUGUAGAUGGUGAUGAGUUGACUGUGGAUUUUCCUGAGCAUUCGGGAUGGACUGGCAUGGUCUCUGAGAUGGAGCUCUACUGAUGACACAGCAGGUGGACCUCUGUGGAAACUAACCAAAGAGACAAGCUAAAGCUGUAUUUGGGACCAAAGUGACUUUGAAUUUCCCUGAGCAAUCUGAAUGGACUGGCAUCUCCGAGAUGGAGGCUCACAUGGCACAUGGGACCCAAGAGCUGCUGUGAUGAUUAAACAUACUGUCUGGGCAAAGGUUUAGAUAUAUGUGAUCUAGUCUGUGAUAAACCAGAUUUCGCUGAGUCCAAAGCCUGGAUGGGGGAAGUUUCAGAAAUGGAGCUUGUGAGAAGUCCUGGUUCAGGUAAUUGACUAAAUAUUCUCUUAAGACAUGGAACAAAAACACUAAACAUUUAGUAUUAAACUCUUUGUGUCAUAAUGUCAUAUUUUAUGUGCCAUUUGUGCAGACAUGAUUUGUUUGCUGCAAGGUAAAUGUAUCUUCCCAUAUAUUGCAUGUUGUUUUGUAGUAAUUAUUAUUCAAAAUAUCAUCUUUUGAGGGAAGAAAUAAAUUCAAGAGGUGAAGGAAUUGAAAAUUGAAUUCCAUUAAGAAUUCAAAAGCACUGUGGUAUAAAGUUAUACAUUGUACAUUUGCAAAUGCUGCUAUACCAUGCAGAAGCCCACAGUUUAAGUGUUGGAGCAAAGGUCCGUGUUAAAUCGUCCAUCAGCACUCCAGCAUUUGGAUGGGGAAAUGUGACCAAGGACUGCAUUGGAGUUGUCAAAGGCAAGCGUUAUUAGAAUGUGUUUUCACAAUUUGUACGCAGUGAGAAGCUAAAUGUAUAAAUUUGCUCAUAUGUUUUUCUAAACUAGUGUCAAUAAUCCUUUUGAAAUAUAUGUGACAGGUAAUAUCAAAAAAUGUCACAAUUUAGUAAUAACAAUGCUUUUAUCUCCUACAAACUAAACAGCUAUAGAUGGGACCAAAGUGACUGUGAAUUUUCUUAGACAAUCUAUUUGGAAUGGCAUUAUCUCGGAAAUGGAGGCUCUAUGAUAAACACUGGACCAAAGAGCUGCUGUGUUGAGUAAAUACAAUUGCAGGGGUUUCAAAUCAUAUAGUUGAACAAAUUAAGUUGCAGGCCUUGACCCU